AUGUGGUAUAAAAGAAAAUGCAAUUUUAUUUCGGUCAUCAUAAGAAAAAGAUCAGUCGUACGAUCAGGAUCCUUUUUGGUGAUUUUUCGGGUAUCUCGACAGAUUUACUAAAAGACACAUCUAAAAUGGUUUUUCGACUUUGGACCGUUGCAAUUCUUCUCAUCUCUGGCGUGCUGCUGUGCAGUGCAGGUGGCAAAGGUGGCGGCAAUAAGAAGUACAUCCUCCAUGUACCCUUUCACAUCAAGCACCAUCAUCACACCCACACCAUCGUUAAGCACGUCCAUCACAAAGUUCCCGUGCACCAGGAGUACAAAGUGAUCGGCUACACGUACGACGAUCAUGGCCAUGGAGGUGGACAUGGUGGCGGACACGGUGGCGGACACGGUGGCUUUGGAGGAAGUGGCCACGGGGGUGGAUUCGGAGGAAGUGGUUUCGGAGGUGGUAGCGGAUGGGGCGGAAGUGGAUUUGGAGGAAGUGGCUUCGGACACUCAUCAGGAGGACACUACUAAAGCAUCCCUAUGGGAUUGCAACCCUUAGCCCCCCAAAAAAACCAAAACAAAAGAGAUUACCUGCCAACAAUGCGUCCGAUCCAAAUGUGCCUCCAAAAACCUAGUCCGAGCAAGAUGAGAAUUCAGGAGCACCUGCUCACCUUGAUCUUCAGGAUCCCAAUACCCUUCUGCCGGACGCUCCAACAAAUAGGCAGGAAAGUGCCCCAACCCAUGACCUUUCCUCUGCCAAAAAGAAAACCUCACAUCCAAUGAUCUUUUUUGUUAACUAUUUAUAAGUAAUAGCAACAAAUGACUUGUUGAUACGCUCUAGCUAAGCUUUUUUUAUUUUGUACAAUAAAGAAAUGCCGAAGA